AUGAAGGUCGAGCACGACUACCCCGUGCCCAAGCUCCAGCCCGGCGGCGUCCUCGUCAAGAACAAGUACUCCGGCAUCAACUUCAUCGACACCUAUCACCGCAGCGGCCUGUACAAGCGCGAGCUCCCCUUCAUCGGCGGCCAGGAGGGCGGCGGUUUCAUCGCCGCCGUCUCCCCCGAGGCCGAGGCCCAGGGCGUCAAGGUGGGAGACCGCGUCGCGUACUCUUCCGUCUUCCAGACCUACGCAGAGUACACCGCCGUGCCCGCCAACAAGGUUGUCACCGUGCCCGAGGAGGUGCCCCUCGACGUGGCGGUCUCCUGUGGGGUCCAGGGCAUGACCGCGCACUACCUCACGCACAGCGCGCACGCGGGGCUCGUCAAGCCCGGCGAGUGGAUGCUCAUCCACGGCACCGGAUCCGGCACCUGCCAGUGGGCGGCGCAGAUGGCCAAGCUCCGCGGGUACAAGGUGAUCGGCACGUGCUCCGAGUCGAAGCAGGACAUCGCCAGGGCCACCGGCGUGGACGAGCUCAUCGUGUACAAGGAGGCGCAGGGAACCUCGUACGAGGAUUACACCUCCGUCGACCUCGUUCCCAAGGUUAUGGAGAUCACCGGCGGCGAGGGUGUCAAGGCGGUCAUCGACGGCAUCGGCCUCGCCACCUGGGAGACCUCCAUCGAGGUGCUCGCGAGGCGCGGCAUCUUCGUGUCGUUCGGCAACGCAUCCGGCGCCGUGCCCGCGUUCCCCCCGCUCAGGUUCAUCAACAAGUCCGGGUUCCUCACCAGGCCCAAGCUUAACGAUUACACCGUGACCCGCGAGGAGCUCAUGUCCCGCGCCAACGACAUCUACGGCUGGCUCGCCAAGGGCGAACUCAAGGUGGUGGUCGACCGCUGCUUCCCCCUCGAGCAGGCCAAGGAGGGCCACGACUACCUCGAGGCUGGUAAGUCCCGCGGCAAGGUGCUCUACGAGAUCUAA